AUAUAUUAAUAUUCCAGAAAAGUUCGGUAUAGAUAAAAAGCAUGCCCUCUAUAAUAGCGAGGCCCCAGACAUGGUGGAGGGAGAUAGCCAGCAACUUUCUAGUCAAGAUGUGGAACUUCGCAGAGAGCUCAAACUCCGCCAUGUAAACAUGUUCGCAAUUGCAGGAUCCAUCGGUACCGGGCUGGCCAUUGGCACUGGAAAGCCAUUGGCAGCUGGGGGUCCAGGACGUUUGUUUAUUUCUUAUAUCCUGGUGGGCUUCUGUGUUUACUGUGUAAUGACUACCUUCAAGAGAGAUGGCAACUUUUUUGACUAUGAAAAAUGUAUUCAAUGGCUACGCUACUCGAUUUGUUGAUCCAGCGCUAGGGUAU